AUAAAUAUGGCUCUCGCGGCAAAUGUCUGGUUUGCCGCGGACGAACAUGGCGCACGCGGCAGCCGCGCGUAGUCGAUACCCACCUUGUGACCACUGACCCGUGAGUGAGUGGUCGUACCCCUGAUAAUAAUUUUACAUUUAUGGUCGCGACGAAAAUACCGUGUGAUACAGUGAUAAGAUAAUCAUAUUAUUAUUAUUAUUAUUAUUUUAAUUUUUUGUAGUCGAGGCGGCAGCGGCGUGGUGGCCGCUGGUCUAGACAGUGGUCUCUUCACUUCACUCUAUAAGUCGACGAAACGAAUGACUCCUUCAAAUUGCCAAGUACCUAUAAUAUUGCAGAGACUAGAGGCCUAUUGAUUUGUAUGCUGUAAAAUUAUUUACUCGUGUCGGACGACCGCCGACUGUGAGGCGGAAUUUAGCGGCAAUGCUGUAAAUAAUGUCCGCAUUCCAUGCAGAGUCGCGUUAUGAAUUUUAAGUUUAAAAUUUAAAAAUCACCGAAACAUGCAUCUGGACACUGCGCGUUGGUACGCGUUGGUAUUGUUAACUGCUAUCCAAUUCAGGUGUUCAAAGUGUGCGGUUGACAACAGCCAGUUGGACGAAGAAGAAAUAUUGGCCGGUCAUUCUGUACUCGACACAUUGCCUCGAUAUGUUUUGUAUGAUGUCAACAAACCUGAAGGAUUUAAUUUACGCCGUGAUGUGUUCAUACGAAUGGCAUCUUUUAUACAUCAUAUGAAUAAGGUGUUGCCACCAUGGCAUCGUUUAUAUCAUUGGAGAUCAUCAAAUCUUGUGCAGGACUGUCUUCCAUGGAGUCUAUUUUUUAAUGUGGAUUCCAUUAAAAAAAGUACUCCAGUUGUUGAAUUACAUGAAUUUUUCCAAAUGAAUGGAUUAAGACCAUUGGAUGCCCAAGUUACAUUACAAGAUUUUAAUGUGAAGUCGUUUGAACAAUACCCAGACUUUUCAGACAAAUGGGAAGUAGCCCAUUGCAAAGAUCAAGUCCAAAAAGAAUUUUGGAACCUAAGAAACCUUACAUUUACCAAAUCAUUAUGUAUAUCAUUCCAAGGAAUUUCCACUCUACUAGCUGACAUUGUUCAGGAGUUACAACCAAGAACUAUUAUAUUUGACCAUGCGGAGUUGGCAUUGCACAAUUAUUAUGGUGGGCAAGAGUAUUGGAUGAUUAGAAAAAGUAUGCAAUUCAGCAAAAACCUGCAUGAAAUUGCUAAGGAGUUUAAGAAAAAAAAUUUAAAUCAAGAUUACUUGUGUGCACACUUGCGUCGCAGAGAUUUUUUAUACGGCCAUCCUAGUGAUGUACCCAGUAUUAAAAAUACAGCUAGACAGAUUAAAGAGAAAUUAAGUUUGUUGAACAAUAUUAAAACAGUUUAUGUAGCAACCGACGCUUCAAAAACAGAAGUUGAAGAACUUAAAAAUUAUUUACAACCUAAUCAAAUGUUUAAAUUUGAGGCUGAUAAGAAAACCUUGAACAAUUUUUUGGAUGGUGGGGUAGCAAUAAUUGAUCAAAUAAUAUGUUCACAAGCAAACUAUUUCAUUGGAACAUCCAAAUCCACGUUUUCAUUCCGAAUUCAAGAGGAGAGAGAAAUUCUUGGAUUGCCAGUAGAAACUACUUUCAAUAGCUUUUGUGGGGAGAACAUUGAGUGUACACAACCUACUAAAUGGAGACUUGUUGAUUAAUGUUGUUGUUGUAUAGUAGACUCUUGCAAAGUCUCGUGGUCAUCGAUAAAUGGUUAUUCCGUUUAUUGGUAUCUUGCAUUGUCGUAUUUCAGUUUGAUUUUCAUCUCCUUAUUAAAGCGGGAUAAGAACGUUCCGGCAGUGAAAAACUUCAUGUCCAGUAACUGUGCAGCGUUCUUGCGGUUAACUGGGUUAAACUGCAGACAAUAUGUGACUAUUUCUACCAAGUAUAUCGGCCAACAGGCAUACACUUUUCGAAGUGCCAAGGCAGUUUUCGAAGCUGUAUAAGAUUGAGACAAUGGUGCAUAACUAGCCUCUAAAUUAAGGCUAUAACCGUGUUUACGUAAGAACUUGUCUACAACUAUCAAGUCACAGUUGUCACAUCCCAGUAUUUUUGUAAUGCCAUACAAUUGACUGGUGAUCGUGUCUUCAGCGACAAGAGGCAUCUUGUUGACCAAUUCCGUGAACAAAAUGCCUAUAAAAUAACAUAAAAUAUCCAUGUACAAUAUCCAUGUUUCUCGGUAUACUCAUUGACUGUACAUUUACCGACUGACCAAAUGUCCACAGUAGCAUCAUAAUUUGUUGAAUUCAUCAGCAUUUCCGGGGCCUGGUACCAGACAGUGCCCAUCUCAGUGCUGAGGUCUAGUGUUCGGUUUUUGCUAAACAUGCGGGACACCCCAAAGUCACAGAUCUUGAUUAUGCCAUUGGCUGAAAGCAAAAUGUUUUCUGGCUUGACGUCGCGGUGCACAACAUUCUGACUAUGUACAUAGUUAAGUCCUCUCAAUACCUUUAAAAUUUUUUCCAAGGUCAGGACAGAUAAAGUUAGGUUAAUACUGUAGUUUCAUGGAAAUAUAUUUACUUGGUAUACACAUUCUUUGGUGGCAUCUACUGUUAAAGCUCCGCCGUUUAACUCCAAAUAUCUGUAAAGGUUGUACCGCAUCAACGGGAACACCAUAUGAACGUGACCAUGGUGCCUGAAUGCUUCAAUCAUUGGUACCACAUGAUCGUCAUUGAGUGCUCUCAGCAGACAAAUCUCACGCACCAUCAUCUCGCAGUAUCUCUGGUCGUGGGCACCUCGGCGUCCAGUCAUCGUGUCACGCAGCCUCUUCACCGCCACCGACUGCCCGUUUGUAACAUCAAGACACUUCAUAACAGUACCGUAAGUGCCUGCGCCUGCUGAGCCCAACUCCCUGUACUUGUACAUAAAAUAUAAUAUUAUAAGAAAAAUGUAUUUCCGAGUUAAAACUUAAAAUCCAGUUGUAUAGGUUUGCCCACAGAAUGAUAAAAAUAAAACUAAUAUAUAUUUAAUAAAAAAAAUAUAUUAACAGUAGUUGUUAUGAGAUUUUCACCAUGGAAAUAUUUCUGAUUCAACUUUUUUGUGUGUAUAAGUACAUACUUUUAAAAUUAUGUGCGACUAUUAACCACAGUAAAUUAUGAAUGAAUUAUAAUACUUUAUAAUGAUUCGAAUAAACAAUAUCAUGUUGUUAAAAAGUUACAAUACUUUUUUUUUAAUAGUUUUAAUUUUAGAAGUCCAUUAAGCAACUAGCUUACUAAUGGAUUCGUUUUGUACGAAAAAAUUUAUGUUUAAGAGCAUUGGUAUGAAAACAACUUGUUCCUAGGAUAUUAUACCUAUUGUGUUUUAUUUUUUUUUUUUUAUUUAAAUUGUAUAAAUAAUUUUAUUGGCUAUCCAGUAACUAUUGUUGUUGUUUGUUUUGUCGUGUUUUGGUUACAUUUAUAACUGAUAAAAAUGUUAACAAUACUCCAAAGUUCUAUGGUAUUUGUUUUUAAACAUAAGGUUUGGUAUUGUGCUCACGUAUAAUUUCAAAAUAUGUCUAAACGCAAUUAUCAUCACAAUUUUUGUCCAAAUAAUUUGUUUAACUACAAUGAGUAAACAAUAAAUUUACUACAAUGUUUGAAUAUUUCACCACCCAACCACCUAUUUUGUACAACUAAAAAUAGAUAGAUUCUUAUUGUAGGCAUUCUAAACAUUUAAGGUUUGUAUGUUGAUAAUUCUAAUUGUUUAAAACAUUUUAGUAUAAUAUAUUGGUCUUGUAGGGUUUUUACUGUGUAUAAAUCAAAUAAUACAAUUUAAUAUUCCUUUUUUUUAUGUUUUUGAUUGUGUUAAGACUUAGAAUAAUUAGUUCCAACACAAGGGAUUAAAAUCUCAGGACAUCAGUAAAUGAUAUAGUUAGUACACAAUAUUAAGAUAUAAACAAUGACAUAUUGUUAAUAAAAUAAUAAUUUUGCA